ACUCACAAUCACAAUCUGCUCACACCGUGGCUUGCAGGUUUUACUUACAAAGUGCACCCAGUAUUGAAACCGGAAGAUUGUAAGCCUGAUAUCGAACGAUUGCACAUCGCAUUAACUGGAAAACAAAGUCACCUUCCUCUCCCCGCGCCCCGCCCAACCAACUGAGGGUCUGGUGCUCAGCCGGUACUCAGUUCCAAAUGUCAGUAUGUCUGGAAGUACCCACCUUCAGCCCAUACUCAUCCUGGCCCUUUCUUGCACAGUAGUCGCCGGCAAAGUGGUACAAUUACCUCCUAAGAAAAAUGCAACCACAGGACAGACGGUGACUUUUCACUGCUCGUUCCCGCUGUUCAGAGAUAAAUAUAAAAUCGUAGUGCGCUGGUGGAAAGGUGGCGAACAGGAAUUCUUAAACUCGCAGCACGAUCCGAGGAGAAGCUUCAGGGUUGAGAGCAAAGCGAGCGCCAUUCUGCGCCUCCAGAAGGUGCGUUUUGGAGACGCUGGAGUCUAUUAUUGCAGAGUGGAAGGAGAAUUUACUGGAAAUGGGACCGGCACACAGCUGGAUGUAAGCGCUUCUCCACAUCCUCUGACGAUUUUGCCAAACUUUUCUGCAAAUGGCUCUCUAACGUGUUUGUGUAAAACAUCUGAGUUCUAUCCUGCUGAUGUCACCAUUGUUUGGCAUAAAGAUGGUCAAAAAGUUACAGCUGGAGUCAAGACAUCCAGCGAGAAGAAUGCUAAGGGACUAUAUGAAGCUUCCAGUUAUUUGGAAGAGCCACAGCCUCCUCAGAGUGGGACCGUUUUUAUCUGUGAGGUCUAUCACUCGACUCUCAAGGUUCCAACUUGGGUCAAUUACACUGUUCGCUUUGCAGAAAAUGAAUCCAAUCCCACUUUUCCUUGGUGGAUCUACCUCUGUGGAGCAAUAGCUUUACUGCUUCUAAUUAUUGCAUUGGCACUUUGUUGUAAAUUCUGCUGUUGCAAAAAAUCUAAAGCUCAUGGAAACAACAUUCGAAUGAAGCAAUGUGUUCGCUGCUCUGAGCCAAUAACACAAAAUCCCAAAUGCAAGGAACAAGGAGUAAAAAAAGAUAACAUUCAGAUGCUAUCUCAGAGGAAUCCAGGCAGAGUAGAAAAAGUUAACGAAACUGCACCAAAGCACAAGGAGCACCGUAAGAGAGACAGAGACGCCAUGUGUGCCUGAUAGUGGGGAAAAAAAUCUGAAAAGUAUCUUGUAAAAAUCAUAGUUUCUCUUUAAAGAACACCAUUAUUGUAUUCUUCGUAAGUAAUUCAACAAGGGGAUCCAGCAAGACUCAAUAUCAUAAAAUUACUGCAUUUAUCUGUACUUGAUUACUCACUGAAAGAUUAUUUCUGUUCUGUGAAUUAAUAUUUCUGAAUUGAUAACAUUUUUUAUCUCCGAUCACUUUCGGUUGUUAUGACAGGGUCUUCAGAAAGGUGUUCAUAUUUCACUGAGGAUCGUUGUGAGUGAAUUAGUUUCUGAAGGAGUUGAAAAGUGUGAUAUACACAUGUCACUCCAUUCCAGUGCUCCAGCCACGCGCACACUGGAAUUUGUGUGCCUGUUCACCUACAGCUUAUAGAAUAAAUUGCCUCAUUCAUAUCCAGUACACAUAAUUUGAUUCCAUCGUUGACAGCCAGUAUAUAAAAUUUCAUUCUCCAUUCAUACCCCUUCCAUGGAAUUCAGGGCUACAUUUGCACCUGAUUUGGGUAACUUGGAAUUUGUGUGCUAGUAUAAAAUAGGUGACAGGGAAUCAAUACAUCAUUUUCCAUCUCAAAUUUUUACUACCACUGCAGAAUUUUAGUGCCCAUUUCCAUCCAAUAUGUUACCUUUUAUUGGCUCCUUAUUUAACUGCUGUUUCAGGUACUGUACAUCUCACAACAUUUCAGUGCCCUAGUCAUGUAAACUAUGUAAAAUUUUAAUUUCCUUUUACAUUUGGUGGAUUGAAUUCCAAUUCGCAUUCAAACUUUGCGCACAGAAUUCUAAUACUCAUUGAAAUCUGAGUCCAGAAUUCUGUAUCAUUUAUUACUAGUUUGUAAGACUCCAGUUUAUAUCCAAUUUCAGUUAUCAAUUUCUGUCAAUACUUCACCAAAUUACACGUUUGAUCAUGUUCUAAAUCUACAUAAUACAAAUGUUUAUAUUGUUAAGUAAAUCAAACUAUAAUACCGUACUAACCUAAAAGUGAUAGCAGUUGAGGGAUAAGCAAGUAAUAUUUAAAAUCAUAGGAGGCCUAGUUGGAGUAAAUAGGGACAACCUGUUUACCUCAGCAAAAGGAUCAAAAACGAGGGAGCAUGGAGUUAAAGAUAUUAGUGGAAGGAUUAGGAGGGAGAUGAGGAAACAUUUUUUCACCUAGUGGUUGGUAGGGACCUGGAACUCUCUGCCUGAUAGGGUGGUAGAGGCAGAAACCUUCACCAUGUUUAAAAAGCAUUUGCAUGUCUACUUGAAGAGCCAUGACCUGUAGGGCUACAAAACAAGUGCAGGAAGUCUCGGUUACACUGGGUAGCUCUUCAUCGACUGACAUGGAGGAAAUGGGCCAAAUGCCCUCCUUCCGUGCUGUAAAUUUUCUAUGAUUCUAUUUUUAUUAAUUUCAUAUUCCAGUGAAUGUCAGUAGUAAGUUAUUUAUACUGUUAUCCUGCACCAAAUAUGAUUUGUUAUUGAAGAACUGAGUUCCAAAUAUGUACUUUUGUACAAUACUGUUAUGGUAAUUGAGCUAAAUAUAAUUAAAAUAUAACUAACUCCUUUGUUUUAAAAAUGUGUAAAUGAUGAAGUACAACACAGGAAGCCACACCAGUUUAUUGGUUGCAUUAAAUAGUCCCUCAUAGGUUUUUGCUUCUUCUUGUUUUGGGAUAUUGACCUGAUACUAAAAAUCAAUGAAUAACUUAUCAACCUGUAAUUUAUGCAAAAAGAAAAGCCACUUUUAAUUCUGAAACACACUUGAUGAAAACCUACUUUAAGCACAAUUGUUUUAUUCACUAUUUUCCAUUCUAUCUCAUGCCACAGCAUCUGUUACCUCAUCCUAGUGGUGGAAUUUUCAUCACUAAGCCUAUUGCUCUCUGAGUCUCAUCACAGCUGAUGUGCAUAGCCAUGCACUUUCUAAAAUGGGGCCAGUAUAUAGAAAUUGACAGAUGAACCCGAUCUGUUUUUGUAACCACCCUGGAGCCUGGAAGUACUGAGAUACGUUGUAGUUGAUAACUAAUAAAGCACAAACAUGUGAUUGA